UUUUUUUCCAAUAUUUGUUCAAGUCAGACAGAACCAGAAGCAAAACUAGAACACUAAAACUUAGAAUAGAAGCGGUGGAGAGAGGAAGAAGGAAAAUUAACUAUGGGGAUAUCGCCCUCGAAACGAGUCCAAAAUUCACUAUCAAACUCGCCCGAGUUCGACUCAGCCUGCGACUCGACCUUCUCCCACUGCCUUUCUCAGACGCAGCACGCAUACGACGGCGUUUUCCCCUACCAACUCUGCGCCGCCGCCGCCCACCUCCACCGCCUCCUCACCGCCGUCCGGCCCCAUCCUCUCAUACUCAAGUGGCUCCCGUCUCCCCCGACUCGCCUCCAGGUCGACUCGGCCCUCCGAGUCAUCAAGCGCGCCGACUCGGACCGCGACGACGAAACCCUAGGCCCGAUCCGCUUCAAGCGUUGGGCGAUCGAACUGUUUGCAGAGGCUGUGGCGGAGAACGUCGGAAGAGAGGUUCUGUUUCGAAUCCCGGUCGGAGCCGCCGGAAUCGCCGGACUCGGCGCCGUGACUCGGGCCGGGAAGAACCUGGUUGGGACUGUGGUUGCAGCGUACGCGUUUGGUGUUGCGGCUUCCGUAUACCUGAGCUUGUCUGAGUAGCCAACCAAUUAGUGGAUAAUUUAUGUAUAAGUUUUUUUCCCAUUUAAAUAAAAACUUAAAAACAAUUGUAAAAUUAUAAUCCACCAAUCAGGGUUCAAACUGUCAAUGUUGAUGAAAAUGUCGAGGUCCCGAUUUUACAGAUAUGUCCAUGAACA